CAGAUUGAACUUUCAAUCUUCUCCUUGCUAAAUUCCCAAUGCGAAAUGCAAUCGACCGAGAGCAAACAAAGCAAGCUUUCGGAGAACCUGUCAGAAAAACUCGUGAGGAUCGACAAUGUGGCCCAGCAGGAAACAACCAACGAGCCGAUUUCGCCAAAAGACCGCGAAGUUGUGACCAAAAUCUCGGUUGCAGAUGGCUUCACGUUAACAGAAGACGUUUUCGGCCAGUACUGGGAUCAAAAAGGGGACUGCCAUAACAUAAAACGGUUCACUUGGAGGAACAAUAAUAAGAUCGAGGUUCAGGUGAUCAAUUACGGUGCCAGGAUCACUUCCAUGAAAUUUCCAGACAGAAAAGGAAACAUCGACGACAUAGUCCUCGGCUUCGACGAUCUCGCAGGCUACAUCUACUACAAACGCUUCUACUUGGGAGCCACCAUAGGCAGAAUGAGCCAAGUAGUCAAAGACAGCGUAUUCGAGCUGGGCAACAAGCAAUACCGGCUCACUUCCAACUACCGAGACAACCAGCACAGGAACGGCGGAUCCAGAGGCCUGGACCAGGUGGUCUGGAACACUUUCACGGACGGCAGGAAAGUCGUAAUGAACCACAUGAGCCCGCGCAUGACAGAAGGCUAUCCAGGCGAUGUUCUGGUGAGGAUCACCUUCGAGCUGUCGGAGAGGAACGAAUUCACCAUUGACAUGGAAGCAAUUACGACCGAAACGACCAUAAUCAACCUGUCGAAUCUCACUUACUUCAACUUGGCAGGUCACCACGCAGGCCCUGACGAGACCUACAGGCACAUUUUGACCUUGAACUGCAACUGCUUCACCCCGCAAAAAGACGGAAUACCCACCGGGGAGAUCAUGAACGUGGUGCACAGUGACUUUGACUUUCAAGUGCCGAAAACGUUGGGCAAACUGAUGGGAAUCACUCCGAGAGACGGCUUCGACCAGAAUCUGUGUGUCAACAGGGGUUCGAGUCAAGGAGACUGCUUCGUGGGCAGAGUUCUGCAUCCGCCAAGCGGCAGAAUGCUGGAGAUCUACAGCAACCAGAGCGGGGUUAACUUCAGUACGGCCAACGAGUUUGGUUAUGGCAGGGUGAUGUCUGUGGAAGAGAUAACCACCUCGACGAUAGCCGAAGAAGAGAAAGUCCAACGCAACGAUAACCUGUCUUUCCUCGACACUAUGCGCCAGAAGUUGUUGAAGAUCCUGCGCAAAGACGAGCAACAGUACUACCAAGACCUCAGGGACUUCAUCAUGAGGCUGAAGAUAUCCGAAGAAAAACCAGUGGAGUACAUGACCCCUAACAACUCUCCUAGGGUGACCAUGUCCGACGAGAACUUGAACAUCGAGGAUUUUAUCUUCAAGCCGCUUCACGUCGAGUACCUCAAAGGGUUCAAAGCUGUGCUGGUUCAAGAGAACGACGGACCGUACGUCUGGCUCAAAACUACUAUCGACAAGCUGCUGGAUUACGCAAUCAUCCAGCAAUCCAAGAGGUCCAGCGUGUCCACAGAAAAUGAUACGCUGAUCGAUGAGCCAGCAACAGUGAACGAGGAACAGAACAAAAAAGUCGAGCAGAAGAAGACGAAAAAGAAAAAGGAGAAUUUCAUACCGUCGUACUACCAGAAUACUCAACAGGUGGUGGGGAAAGAGAGGAAAGUCUACAGAAUGCACAGCGGUAUUGCCUUGCAAACACAGAAUUAUCCUAACUGUGCUAAUUGUAAGCAAUUUCCGAGUUGUGUUUUGAAGCCUGGGGAGAAUUACAGGCACUCGAUCACUUACAAGUUCUGGAUAAGGAGUGGGAACCCGAACAAGUGGAUCAAACGGAAUAUGAACGAAUGUAGUCAAAACACCAAUAAAUAAUGAGAAUUUA